UUCCAAGCCCGCUGAAGGCAAGAGGAAACACCGAGAGAGCUCCUUCAGUGUCUGUCUGACUGUGUGGACCUGCUUGUCAGAAGCCUGAGAGAAGAUGCUAGGAAUGAACUUCCAGCUGCUGUGCCUGGCUCUCCUGGCGUUCAGCUCCUGGAGUCUGUGCUCAGAUUCAGAAGAAGAUGUAAGAGCACUGGAAGCAGAUCUACUGACUAAUAUGCAUGCAUCCAAGAUCAGCAAAGCAAGUCCUCCCUCUUGGAAAAUGACCUUGCUAAAUGUUUGCAGUCUUAUCAAUAACCUGAACAGCCCAGCUGAGCAAGCAGGAGAAAUGCAAGAUGACGACCUUGUUGGCAAAAGAAAACUUCCCCUUGUUCUGGAUGGUUUUAGCUUGGAAGCAAUGCUGACCAUUUUCCAGCUCCAGAAAAUCUGCCGCAGCAGGGCCUUUCAACACUGGGAGAUAAUUCAGGAAGAUAUCCUCGACAAUGUCAAUGAUAAAAAUGAGAAAGAAGAAGUGAUAAAGAGAAAAAUCCCUUAUAUUCUGAAAAGGCAGCUGUAUGAGAAUAAACCCAGAAGGCCCUACAUUCUCAAGAGGGGCUCCUACUACUACUGAGAAGCUAAUUCUUGAUCUGUGAUUGUGAUCAAUUAUCUGUUAUCUAGAUAUAUAUUAUGUUUAUCUAGAUAUAUAAUUAUAUGUGUGUGUAAUUGUGACAGAAUUUGAUCAUUUCAUCUUUUCCACAGUUGUACUUCAUUAGAUGUGAUUUCUCUUGCAUUCAUGUAAAUUGGACGAAAUGUUCUCAAAUAAAUGUAGAUCUUGAGCAUGUUGUGUCCUGUAUAAUUGAAAUAGAAAAUAAUCAUGUCAUAUGUAGAAUGUUUUGUAAUUUUGCAAGAUACGUUAUGGAUCAUAUGAGCAGUCAUGGCAUUUAGAAUUUUAUAGGAAAUUAUGAGAUUAUAACAAAAUUGAGCAUGUAUCAUUAACUCAGAGAAGAAUAAUGGCACCAUUUUGAUUAUUUGAUUGCUUUAUUAUUAACUGAACAAAAUAUACACUGCUUUC